UACAGGGAUCGAAAGGCAAUUGUACCAAAACCUUUGUGGAUCGCAUUGUCCCAAAAUGCCGAAACGGGACUCUUUAACAUAAAAAAAACAGUGAAAUUGUCAGUGUAACCUUCUAAGAGAUGCCGAAGAUUAUUCCGACAUGUGCCUCUUCUUAUUCUCGUUGCAGAACAAGGGGUAUGCCUUUUCUUCACUCUACUCCUCCUCUUGUUGCUUUGUUUCAUUCUCAAUCCCCAAAGCCAACCAAAUCUAGAGAAAGCCAGCUAGGAAAGCCCAGAGUGAGUAAUGUUGAGGAUGCCCUGAAGGUGUUCGAUGAAAUGCUUCACUCGCGUCCUCUGCCUUCUGUUGUCCGUUUCACUCAGAUCUUGGCUCAACUUGUCAAACUGAAACACUAUUCAUCAGUCCUCUCUUUGAAUAGACAAAUGGGUCUCAUCGGAAUUGCUUCUGAUACUUAUACUCUAACCAUUGUCAUCAAUUGCUACUGCCAUUUGGAUCAAAUGGGGUGUAGUUUGUCUGUCUUGGGCCAAUUCUUCAAAUCGGGUCUUCAACCAAAUGUUGCAACCUUCAACACUCUGAUCAACGGUUUUGUUCUCCAAAAUAGAGUGGCUGAGGCAGCAAGACUUUUCAGCAAAAUGGUCGGGGGAGGUCAUUGUCAGCCGGAUGUGUUUACUUUCAACACACUAAUAAAGGGCUUUUGCAAGAUUGGAAACAACAGUGCAGCUUUUCAGUUACUUGGGAAGAUGGAAGAAAGAGGAUGCGAGCCUGACAUAUUUACCUUUAACACCAUUAUCGACAGUCAUUGUAAGGAUACACUAGUUGAUCAAGCAUUGAACCUCUUCACACAAAUGAUUGGUAGAGGUAUUGCUCCAGACGUUGUCACUUACAACUCUUUGAUUCAAGGAGUCUGCAAACUAGGUCAGUGGAAAGAAGCUACAAGGUUGUUGAAUGAAAUGGUGAGUCAAGGUAUAUUUCCGAAUGUACGCACCUUCAAUGUCUUGGUUGACGCACUUUGUAAGGAGGGGAUGGUCGUGGAAGCCAAAAGUGUGGUUGACAUGAUGAUUCAAAGAGGAAUUGAACCUAACACGAUUACAUAUGGUUCCCUCAUGGACGGUUACUGUUUGCAAGGAGAGAUGGACAAGGCGAAACAAGUUUUUGAUCUAACGGUUAGCAAGGGCUCCAUGGUUAAUGUUCAGUGUUGUAACAUAUUGAUAAACGGAUAUUGCAAGGGUAAAAAGAUCGAUAAGGCUUACUUGAUUUUCAAGGAAAUGCAUCAUAUGAAACUUGUUCCUGAUACCAUUACUUAUACUACUCUUAUUGAUGGUUUUUGCAAAGUGGGGAGAAUACAAGAAGCAGAAAAGCUGUUCUCUCAGAUGCAAGGUUGUGGCCAACAUCCAAAUAUUCAAACUUAUGCUGUUUUACUUGAUGCCCUAUGUAGCAACCAGCAACUUUCUGAGGCAAUAGAAUUGCUUAGAGGGAUGAAGGACAAAAAGCUGGAACUGAAUAUUGUAAUUUACAGUAUUAUUAUUGAAGGUUUGUGCAAAGCUGGGAAAAUGGAUUCUGCCAUAGAGGUCUUCUCUGGUUUGUCAUUGAAAGGAGUACAACCUAAUGUGAGGAUAUACAAUAUAAUGAUUCAUGGAUUUUGUAAAGCGGGCUUAUUAAAUGAGGCAGAUAAGUUGCUGGGAGAAAUGGGAGAGAAAGGCUGGUCUCCAGAUGGUUGGACCUAUAACAUCAUUAUCCGAGGGUUGUUAAAUAACAAUGACACAUCAAGGGCUACGAGACUUAUGCAAGAAAUGGUAGAGUCAGGUUUCUCUGCAGAUGCAUCAACUAUGGAAUUGAUAGCUGGUUUAUUGUCUAAGGAUAUAGUAGAUCCAGCUUUGUUGCCAUUGUUAAACAAAUCAUUAUAAAGUUAAUUUGAGUAUUAGAACCUUAAAAGGUA